AUGGUCGCCAUCUCCAGCCUCAUCAUGACCGUCGCGGUCUUCCUCAGCUCCUCCGCAGUCGCCGCACCAAACGUCGAAGCCCGCCAAGAUCCCAACCCUCAGAUCUUCUCCCUCAGUCUCUACAACGACUGCACCCAAACGGUCGAGAUCAACCCAGUAGGACUCACUCGCACACCUACGCUUAACCAGCAAGGUUGCUACGACCAGACCACACCCUUCGGUGCUCUUUUCAUCAAUGCUCAUGUUAAUGGACACCCUGAGUGCAGAUUGAUCACCUAUACCGGUCUCGGAUGCACUGGAACCGCUUACGGCAAUUUCAGCCAGCCAAUUGGUACUCCGCCAACGGCACCAACCUGCAGAACCACCGGUCCAAACCGAGGAUACCAAGUCAGCUCCGCUGGUGUUUCGCGCUCUAUCAGAUUCAUCUGCUAG